AAGCGUCAUUGUCAUUCUCCGUUCCUGUCAUCAUUACAUGGCGAUAGAUAGAUUUAAUGUUAAACAAUUCAAUCGCUAAUGUCGUCUAUGAAACAACGAAAUAAAAUAUUUAAUUAUGACUUUAAGGCGAAUUAAAACUAUUACUUGACACAAAAUAUUCAUGUACAUUAGUAUUAGCUUGAUGGGUUACAGGAUAACCAACUCAAGAUGUCUCGUUUUGUGCGUAAUACUAACUUUUGUGAUGGGCUGCUAUUUAGCAUCUUUGCCCAUAGAAGAAGAAAAACCAGCAUUGCUUAAGCAAUCAGUUGCCGAAAUUCCUACCAUUAAUACAAACAAGAAGCGUCUAGCAAUCAUCGUUCCGUUCCGGGACCGCUUCGAGGAGCUCCUAGAGUUCGUUCCUCACAUGACCGCCUUCCUGAAGAGACAAGAAAUUCCAUUCCACAUCUUUGUGGUUCAACAGAAGGACAGCAACCGUUUCAACAGAGCUUCAUUGAUAAAUGUUGGAUUCCUGCAGACUCGUAACAAUUUCGAAUACAUGGCGAUGCACGACGUUGAUCUUCUACCUUUGAACGACAACCUAAAGUAUGAAUAUCCUGAAGCAGGACCAUAUCAUAUCUCUUCACCAGACACCCAUCCAAGAUAUUACUACAAAACGUUCAUUGGUGGCAUACUGUUAAUAAAGAGAGAGCAUUAUGAGCUGGUCAACGGAAUGUCCAAUAACUACUGGGGUUGGGGGCUGGAAGACGACGAGUUCUACGUGAGAUUGAAGGAUGCAGGCCUCACAGUUACGAGGCCAAGCAACAUUACUACGGGACGAGAGAACACCUUUAGGCACAUGCACGAUAAGACUUAUCGCAAACGCGACAUGCGCAAGUGCUACAACCAGCGCGAGGUGACGCGGCGUCGUGACCGCCGCACCGGACUCCAUGACGUGGCCCACCGCGUGCUGAGCCUCCACACCCUCACCAUCGACGGGCUGCCGCUGACCGUCCUCAACGUGGAGCUCAUCUGCGACCGGAACGCGACCCCGUGGUGUCAGUGCCCAGAACCACCUAAACCUAAAAAGACUUGAUACAAACAAAAGUGUUUUUUUUAAGGGAUUUUAUGACCUGGUAACAAAGACCUUUAAGUCAUGUCUUAGUCUAAUUUAUAUUUGUAAUUUUAUGAAAACUGAUGAUAUGGAGUGAAAUGAAAUGAUGAUGAUUAAUUUGAGACAUUAAUCAACUAGGAUGAAAUGAAAUGAAAUGAGAUGAGAUGAGAUGAGAUGAUAUGGGAUGGGAGAUUUUUUCAGUGGACUUUAUGGAGGAUCCCGAGAAGUUACGUCCGGCGGCUUUGUUGCACUUUCACAGAUAUUAAACAGUUAAUAAACCACCGUUAUUACACAUUUAAACCUGAAGAAACACUAAAUAGACAAAAUAAAACAAAUCGCACAACUUAACUCCUCGCGUUCCCGCCAAAAAGUUAAAACAAGAGUGCUAGUGACGUUCAGAAGUGGAAAUGCUCAAGAUAACUAACUGUUGUGACAUUAUCUAUGUGACAAAAAAAUGUAUUGUAAUUACUGAAUUUGAACGAAUAAAUAUCCUGGGAUUAUUUAUUAAUUAGUUUUAAGCCCUAUGCUGCAUGGCAUAGCUGAAUAAAAUUAAAUUAAAUCAUUCAAAUUAGUUGAGUUGUUAAUUACAUUUUUUUUGGUUUUGUUAUUCCUCGUAACUAUUGUAUCCUAGUCCUAAUUCAUAGAUUUACUUGAGGCUUUUAUAAAUUUUUAUUAAACUUUAUCAUAGUUAAUCUGCUAAUGUUUAUGAUAUUACAAUUAAAGUGUCAAACGGUGCUAAUCAGUUAUAUUAUACCUACUUACUGUUUUGAAACAAUAUCGUUUUAAAUUUGUAUUUUUUAGUUUAUUUUAUAAACUGACCUUCAAGUAUCUGCUGAAGUACACCAAUCUGUUGUAAUAUUGCGACGCUUCCUUCAGGUUUAAUGGUAUCAAUAAAAAAAUAGAUUGAAGCAAAAAAAGAAAAGUGUGUAUGGGCAGUGGAGAUCCCACACUAGUUGAUGGGAAGUUUUAAUGGUAGCCCAUGGACCACAGCGCUACCGCCCAACUUGAAAGACGAGGCCAAAGUGAAUUAAUUGCCAUGAUUGCUGUAGUUCGACCCGGGACCGAAAACAAUUUUUCCAAAAAAAUAUAUACUACUUUUGAUAUUAAGUGAAUCCCAGUGUAGCUGUAGCAGUUGUUCGUAAUUGUAAAUAAAUUAAGUAAUUUAA